CUUCCUCCUCCUCCUCCUUCCUCACUUUGCUGAACUGAAACGCAGCCUCGGCAUGAGCCAUGACGGAGUAAGCUGCCCACAUGGGUUAGAAACUCUCCAGGAGCGCAGGGUUUUUCCGUGGGACUAUGUGCACUGUUGAACUGUGUGGAAUAUGGCUCAGACCCCGGCGUUGAAGAAAAGUCCCCUGCGGAGGUCCUUCAGCGAGCACGUGAAAGACUCCACCAACAAGGCCUGGGAUGUCUUCUGGAGGGGCGUGAGGGAGACGCGGCUGUCGGAGAUUGAAGCCAAGGAGGCCUGUGAUUGGCUGCAAGCGGCCGGCUUCCCUCAGUAUGUGCAAUUAUUCAAAGACUGCAGGGUUCCCAUUGACAUUGAGUGGGCGAAGCGAGACCACCACUUCCUGGAUAAGGAUGCCCUGGAUUCACUCUGCAGGAGAUUGAGCACUUUAAACAAAAGUGUGGAAAUGAGGCUGGAGCCACGCAGAUCGAGACGCAGGGGAGACGACUUUGACGAAGAAGACUUCUGUGCCAUCAGCCCCAACUGGGCCUACGACAGGCGGACCCGGCGAUGGCGGCGCCUCGACUCCGCGAUGGACGCCGCCGGACGCCAGCGCGCUUCUCCGUGUGACGGCGGCGACCGCCAUGACGUCUGCUCCACCCACAGCUCCAGCAGCACCGAGAGCGAGGGCCACGCCGGACACCCCAAGGGUCACGGGGACGCCGCCGUCUCCUCCUCCCCCGACAACAAGACGCUCUGGUCGGACCCCUCGUUUAGUGGACCCCCCUCCCCCGGUGGAUGUGUCGGAGCGUCCCCUGUGGAUGACGACGGCUGCUACCCGGACAAACCGCCCAGGAAGAAGGGCACGAGUCUGCUGAGGAAGAUGGAGAAGCUGAGGCUGAGGGGACGGACCGGCCUCCUCAGCGAGAGUCGGGCCCGGCACCUUAUCGCCGGGCCGGUUCGGGUCCAGGAGGAGGAGAGCAUGGAGCGGCUGCACGGCCCAUCGAGGCCGCAGUCUCGACCCGACAGCCGCGCCUCCUCCUCGCCCUCGUCCCCUCACACCAUCAGCAGCGGCAGCAGCAGCAGCAACAGCCAAUCGGAGAGCAGCAGCACCGUCAGCACGCCCAGCCCCGUCACCCGGGUCAGGAGCAACUGCAAGCGCUCCAACAGCGGGGUCGGCGGCGGCGGCGGAACCACCUGGAACAACCAGAACCACACGGGAGCAGAGGACUUCCGGAACCAGAUCAACAACAACAACAACGGCAUCAGCAGCAGCUGCAGCAGGAGCCCCGAGAGUCUGAUCUUCCAGAUCCCCAACGGGCACAAACCGGGGACCUUCCCCACCUCUCUCGCGCACAAACACCCCGUCCUCCCCGCGGCCAUCGACGACACCUCCGUCAACUGGAGGACCGGGAGUUUCCACGGCUACCGGGGCCGAGACGGUUCCCGCCGCGGCGCGUCAUCGCUGGCCGGCGACCAGGCGCCGGGGGUCCCCAGUCCGCUCAACGUGCUGGACCAUCGGCUGAGCGUCUACGACAACGUGCCCGACGACCGGCUGUCUGAGAGCGAGGGGGGAGGAAGUGGCAGCGAUGCGGAGAGGACGGGCGAGGAAUCAGAGGUGAGUCGAUUGUUGGCCGACGAAGACGUCUUCUCCGCUCUGGACAGCGUCCUGGAGAGGAUCGGCGACCUGCAGCAACUGGUGUCCACGUGGUCUGAAAAUCUCUCCGAGGACGACUGUCAAAGAGGUUCCUCCUCCUCCUCCUCGUCUCCCUCCUUGUCCUCGUCUUCCUCCCAGGACUUACCCGGGCGCGGCUCGGCGGCGGCCUCCCCGUGCCCGUCGUCCCCCGGCCAGGAGGCGAAGAGCCAUGCGGAGGUAGCUGUGAAUGGGGAGGAGCCAAACACCAGAUCGCCACAACCCAGAUGCAGAGUGAGCCAGCAGCUGCACUGGUCCAGCGAGCAGAACCUGCCCACCAGUCCGGGAGUGGAGAACCAGUCCGUGUCCCAGUUCCUCCUGCUGCAGAAGCUCGCUCUCCUCAAGCUCACCGCUCUGAUGGACAAAUACUCCCCGUCCAGUAAGCAGGGCUGGAACUGGACUCUUCCUAAACAACCGAGGAAGACGAAGGUGAUAGACAUGAAAGGCCGUCGGGUUUUUGAGGUUCCUCUGCUCCUCAGUGUCCAGCAGACCGGAGAGACACUUCCACCCAGCAUCCUCCGAGCGCUGGUGUACCUGAGGGCCGAGUGCUUGGACCAGGUGGGUCUUUUCCGUAAGUCGGGGGCCAAGUCUCGAAUCCAGUACCUGCGUGAGCUGGUGGACUCGGACCCGGACGGCGUCUCAUACGACGGCCAGUCGGCCUUCGACGUGGCCGACAUGGUGAAGCAGUACUUCAGAGACCUUCCCGAGCCCAUCUUCACCAGCAAGCUCUGCGAGUCCUUCCUCCACAUCUACCAAUACUUCCCCAAGGACCAGCAGCUGGCCGCGGCGCAGGCGGCCAUCUUGCUCCUCCCCGACGAGAACCGCCUGGCGCUGCGCACGCUGCUGCUGUUCCUGCGCGACGUGGUGGCCUGCGCGGACGAGAACCAGAUGACCCCCGCCAACAUCGCCGUCUGCCUGGCGCCCUCGCUGUUCCACCUCAACACGCUGAAGAGAGACGCCAACGCAGCCAGGUCGAGUCACAGGAAGUACAGCCUGGGCCGCCCAGACCAGAGGGACCUGAGUGAGAACCUGGCUGCCACCCAGGGGCUGGCCAACAUGAUCACCGAGGCUCAGAGACUCUUCCAGCUUCCAGAGUUUUGGCCCGGUCAGCGUUCAAGUGCUGCAGGUUCCAGUGAGGACUCCCUCUCUGUGGGGGGAGGAGGAGGAGGCCCGGUGUCCCCCAGUCAGAGUGGAGCUGAGGAGGAGCAGCAGAAGAGGAGGAGCAAGCUGCAGCUGAGCACCAAGCACCUCCUGGAGGAGGCCAGGGAGACGAGCAGAGGCUGGGAGAGCCACCCAGGCCCCGAGCAUGUGGAGCUGGCCUUCAAGAAGGUGGACGACGGCGGCCUGCUGUGGAUGUGGCGCGGCUCCGUGGAGGUGGAGGCCCCCGAGAAGGAGCUGCUCCAUCGGCUGCUGAGGGAGCAGGAGCUGUGGGGGGGGCGGAGCCUGCGCCAGGCGGCCACCGUCCAGACCUUGUCCGAGGACUCCGAGGUCUACCGAUACGUCCUGGAGGGCCAAGGCCACGCCCUGAGCUCCCGGGUCCCACGGGAGCACCUGCUGCUCAGGACCUGGCAGGCGGACCCGUCCUCCGGCCCGCUGUACCUGGCCUCCGUGUCCACGGAGCACCCCGAGGUGCUGCCGGAGGGGGUCAGGGCCCUCGUCCACUCCUGCCUCUACCUGCUGGAGCCCACCGGGGCCCGGAGGACCCGACUGACCCACCUCUGUCGCCAAGACACCAGGGGCCGGUCGCACGAGUGGCACAGCAAAGUGGGCGGCCACCUUCUGGCCGCCGGUCUCCUGGCCGUCAGGGACUCCUUCCGAGAGACCAAGAUAUGAGCCGAGGACUCUCCGUCCUUCACUCGGGAGACGAGGAGACGAGGACUGGCGACAUGUUUUCGCAGAAGGCUCCUUUGAAACGCUCGUGGCCCAGCGAGCGGGGAAGGCGACCAAUGAGGUCGCUUCCCUGGAGCAUCUGAACCGCCUUCUCUUUUAGCUCCUUUUUUUCGAUUCCUUCACGCGUUCCCUUUUUGUUUUUUAUUGCCGGUGACCUGGCGAGCUUCGACAGACGCGCUGACGGGAACACGAGAAGCCGAGGCCCGAUUUCGGCUUCUGGCUGAACAACGAUGACGAGAUGGCGACAUUUUCAUUUGUUGCCUCAAACAAGAUUAUCACAAAGUUAUGGUUCUCCGUCUUAUUCUUACCUGGACACGGAGGAGAGAGGCCGAAGGAAUGAACGCAGGAAAUAAGGACAGGAGACAAGGAAACAGACUUUCAGACGACCAGACAUUUGGCUUCGGUUGAAAGGAGAGAAGGGAAGAGGAGUGAGGAGGCAGGAAGACGCCGGGAGAGAGAAGAGUCAGGUCCGACGCUAAAUUUUAAACCUGUUCAAAAUAAGGACAUAAGUGUGUGUGUGACAGACAAAGUUCAAAGACGAUUAUCUACCUCUCCACAGGACGACGCCGCAGUUACGUGGCUUUUUGAAGUUUGACGGAGGCCCUCGGUAAAGGGAGGUGUGUGUGUGUAUCCCACCGGACAACUUUCCUCUCUGCGCUUCCUGGAUAUUUCAACGUUUGUAUUUAUUCUUAGUCGAUGGCCACGCCCACUUCUGUGUGCUCAGGCUGAGCUUCCCUUUAUAUUUUAAAGUGUCAUCGAAUAUGAAUUAGGGCGCAUGUGAUUGUGUAUGUGCGUAAAAAGCCAAGAUGCAUUCAAGCGCCAUCUUUCAGAUUAUUUAACUUAACGUAUAUCCUGAAACAAAUAUCACGUCUUAUUUAAUGUCGAGCAGCGUUCUCUCGUUGGCGUGGGAAUUCUACAUUUCUAUCGCCGCCAAACGCCGAAUUAAAACGUUUAUUUGUU